GAAGGAUCCUUGAGGGCUCGGGGGCCACAGAAUUCCGCUGUUCUGCUCCCUCGGCUGGAGACUCGGGAAUGAAGUUUCAAAAUUCCUCUGUUGCUAUGGGAGCCGCACUUUCUAGCUCGGAAUAGCCUGUAAGGGUAACAGGUGUGCCCAAGGUAAGGUCUUUGAAUGCUGUCGCAGAGAACCUUCUGGCUUAGCCAGACCUCUCUGAGACACGUGGAUAUGCCGGAUGAAUCAUCUACGAGUCUUCAUGAGGCCACUUGAACCUGCUUCUCUUCAUGUGGCCUUGGAGGAUGCUUCCAAGAAGAAAACGACCUUGAACCAGAGAUACAGCCACUUCCUGCGGGCUAUCACUGCCACGUGACUCAGUCUGUCUAGGCUGUGCCUCCUCCGCAGGGACUUCGUGGUGAGCUGGGAAAAUUCAGCUGCAAGGGUUCUCAUUCGGAUGCAAAGUCCUCAAUUAUCGUCUCCCCGGCAACGCCCUUCAGAGUUUGUGAUAAGCCUACGCUCCCGGGGCAGGAAACGUUUUAAACCGAGGAGCUGCCUGAAAGAACCAGGAAAUCACAAAAAGACUCGGGAAGGGAGUGGCAACCUCAAGGACGACCCUUCGCGCCGGAGGAACCUGACCUGCGGGUGCCCCCGCCUAACCUGCGGCGCCACUACCUAGUCCGCCCACCUUGACGACUACAAAUCCCAGCAUGCCUUGCAGUGAGUGGCAGGACGCAGUGCCUGCCGGAACACGUAGUCCCGUUCUAGUUCAAGAAAAGCCCAGAACGCCCCAUGACGUCACGAGGGCUCGGGAAAGGACUUGGGCACCGGCCCAGGGUCAAGUUAAACCUUCCUCCAGAGAGGCGACCCUGGUUUCUUUGGUGACUCGGUGUCUACUCUCAACAGGUCCCACCCCACCGGCCACGCGGACCUAUGGUGUGGCGGAGCCCAGUAGGGCAGCGGCGCAGGCGGCGGCGGUGGCGGUGGCGGCGACGGCGACGGCCGGGCUGGGGAGGCGCUCCUUGGGGCAAGGCCAUGGCCCCGCGGCUGCAGCUGGAGAAGGCCGCCUGGCGCUGGGCGGAGACGGUGCGGCCCGAGGAGGUGUCGCAGGAGCACAUCGAGACCGCCUACCGCAUCUGGCUGGAGCCCUGCAUCCGCGGCGUGUGCAGACGAAACUGCAAAGGAAAUCCGAAUUGUUUGGUUGGGAUUGGUGAGCAUAUCUGGUUAGGAGAAAUAGAUGAAAAUAGUUUUCAUAACAUCGAUGAUCCCAACUGUGAGAGGAGAAAAAAGAACUCCUUUGUGGGCCUGACAAACCUUGGAGCUACUUGUUAUGUCAACACAUUUCUUCAAGUAUGGUUUCUCAACUUGGAGCUUCGGCAGGCACUGUACUUAUGUCCAAGUACCUGUAGUGACUACAUGAUGGGAGAUGGUGUUCAAGAGGAGAGAGAUUAUGAGCCUCAGACAAUUUGCGAGCACCUCCAGUACUUGUUUGCUUUGUUGCAAAACAGUAACAGGCGAUAUAUUGAUCCGUCGGGAUUUGUUAAAGCCUUGGGUUUGGAUACCGGCCAACAGCAGGAUGCCCAAGAAUUUUCGAAGCUCUUUAUGUCUCUAUUGGAAGAUACUUUAUCUAAACAAAAGAAUCCAGAUGUGCGGAACAUUGUCCAACAGCAGUUCUGUGGAGAGUAUGCUUAUGUAACUGUUUGCAAUCAGUGUGGAAGAGAGUCUAAGCUUUUAUCAAAGUUUUAUGAACUGGAAUUAAAUAUCCAAGGCCACAAACAGUUAACAGACUGUAUCUCGGAAUUUUUGAAGGAAGAAAAAUUGGAAGGAGACAAUCGAUAUUUUUGUGAAAACUGUCAAAGCAAGCAGAACGCAACGAGGAAGAUCCGACUUCUUAGCCUUCCGUGUACUCUGAACUUACAGCUGAUGCGUUUUGUCUUUGACAGGCAAACUGGACAUAAGAAAAAGCUGAAUACCUACAUUGGCUUCUCAGAAAUGCUGGAUAUGGAGCCUUAUGUGGAACACAAAGGUGGGGCCUACGUGUAUGAACUCAGUGCAGUCCUCAUACACAGAGGAGUGAGUGCGUAUUCUGGCCACUACAUUGCCCACGUGAAGGACCCACAGUCUGGCGAAUGGUAUAAGUUUAAUGAUGAAGACAUUGAAAAGAUGGAGGGGAAGAAAUUACAACUAGGGAUUGAGGAAGAUCUAGAACCUUCUAAGUCCCAAACACGUAAACCCAAGUGUGGAAAAGGAACUCAUUGCUCCCGCAAUGCAUACAUGUUAGUUUACAGGCUACAAACUCAAGAAAAGCCCAACACAGCCAUUCAAGUUCCAGAGCCCUAUGAGUUUGUCUCCCUUGAAUGGCUGCAGAAAUGGUUGGAUGAAUCUACACCUACGAAGCCUAUUGAUAAUCAUGCUUGCCUGUGUUCCCAUGACAAGCUUCACCCAGAUAAAAUAUCGAUUAUGAAGAGAAUAUCUGAGUAUGCAGCUGACAUUUUCUACAGUAGAUAUGGCGGAGGACCAAGACUAACUGUGAAAGCCCUGUGUAAGGAAUGUGUAGUGGAGCGUUGUCGUGUGCUGCGCCUGAAGAACCAAUUAAAUGAAGAUUAUAAGACUGUCAACAAUCUGCUAAAAGCAACAGUAAAGGGUGACGGGUUUUGGGUGGGGAAAUCUUCCUUGCGGAGUUGGCGCCAGCUAGCUCUUGAGCAACUGGACGAGCAAGAUGGUGAAGCAGACCAAAGCAAUGGGAAGAUGAAUGGCAGCACCUUCAGUAAAGAUGAAUCAAAAGAAGAAAGAAAAGAAGAGGAGGAGGAGUUAAAUUUUAAUGAAGAUAUUUUGUGUCCUCAUGGAGAGUUAUGCAUAUCUGAAAACGAAAGAAGGCUUGUUUCUCAAGAGGCUUGGAGCAAGCUACAACAAUACUUCCCAAAGGCUCCUGAGUUUCCAAGUUACAGAGAAUGCUGUUCCCAAUGCAAGAUUUUAGAAAGAGAAGGAGAAGAAAACGAAGCCUUACAUAAGAUGAUUGCAAACGAGCAGAAGACUUCUCUCCCAAAUUUGUUCCAGGACAAAAACAGACCGUGUCUCAGUAACUGGCCAGAGGACACGGACGUCCUCUAUAUAGUGUCGCAGUUUUUUGUGGAAGAAUGGCGGAAAUUUGUUAGGAAGCCUGCUCGAUGUAGCCCCGUGUCCUCGGUGGGAAACAGUGCCCUCCUGUGUCCCCACGGGGGACUCAUGUUUACAUUUGCGUCCAUGACCAAAGAAGAUUCUAAACUUAUAGCUCUCAUAUGGCCCAGUGAGUGGCAAACGAUACAAAAACUCUUCGUCGUGGAUCAUGUAAUUAAAAUCACAAGAACUGAAGUGGGAGAUACAAACCCUUCAGAAACGCAGUAUGUUUCUGAGCCUAAACUCUGUCCCGAGUGCAGAGAAGGCUUACUGUGUCAGCAGCAGAGGGACCUGCGAGAAUACACCCAGGCUACCAUCUAUGUCCAUAAAGUUGUGGAUAAUAAAAAGGUGAUGAAGGAGUCUGCUCCAGAGCUGAAUGUGAGUAGUUCUGAAGCCGAGGAGGACAAGGAAGAAGCUAAACCAGAUGGAGAGAAAGAUCCAGACUUUAGUCAAAGCAAUGGAGGAACAAAGCGACAGAAGAUUUCCCAUCAGAAUUACAUAGCCUACCAAAAGCAAGUCAUUCGACGGAGUAUGCGACAUAGAAAAGUCCGUGGUGAGAAAGCACUUCUCGUCUCUGCUAACCAGACAUUAAAGGAAUUGAAAAUUCAGAUCAUGCAUGCAUUUUCCGUUGCUCCUUUUGACCAGAAUUUGUCGAUUGAUGGAAAGAUUUUAAGUGAUGACUGUGCUACCCUCGGCACCCUCGGCGUCAUUCCUGAAUCUGUCAUUCUGUUAAAGGCUGAUGAACCAAUUGCAGAUUAUGCUGCAAUGGACGACGUCAUGCAAGUGUGUAUGCCAGAAGAAGGCUUUAAAGACCUCCGCGUGUGUUUCUCUCCUCAGGUACCGGUCUCCUUGGACACUAAUCUGUGAACACUUGCUGACUGCCAGGAAAUGACCAGAGGGGAAGAGGAGUUUGACAUGUUAGGGCAUUAAAGAAAAGGCGGAUUUCAGAAUUAACCAUUACCUGACUCUUCCAGAAGGCAAAAAUCCAUUCAAAGUGACUGUCCCAAAUGCCUUAUGUCAAAUAAAGCCGAUUGCACUGAUGGACAUCAGACUUGAAGGAAAUGUUUCCAAUUUUAUAUUUAACGGGGGUGGUGGGUGGGAGGGGGCGAAUAAAGAUUGAGCAAGUUUAGUAGCAGUGGCAGUAAAUCAUGUUUACAUAUGAGAUUUCUAGUCAUGGGGGAAUAAAGUUCUGUUAUAUUUCCUUGCUCAAGUUUCAUACCAGACGCAUUGGUCCAUAAAGGAUUUGUAUCACGUAGAUGGGGCAACAUUCUGCUCGGAACGAAAAGUAACUCUUUAGACAUAACCUGCUUACCAAUACCUGUCUUUGACUCAUAUUCUACUUUCAAUAAAGCAUGAAAGUGAAGAA